AGAGGAAAAAAUUUUCGAUUUUAUAUUUAUCACCUCGACCCCUUUGUUCAGACAAAAAUAAUUUUCCAUCCCUUUUCAACUUCCCUCCCUCUUGGCUUCCUUUGGAGGGAAAAAAAACCACCGAAACCAAAACCCUUAAACCAAUUUCUCUGUCUAAAUCUAGGGUUUUUGAUUGUCCAACUUCAGUGUCUUCUCUUUUCUUUAAUUUGUCAGCUUAAUGGAUCUGUUUCUGUUUAUGUCAUUUAAUUCGUGAGCUGAAGUUACUUUGAAUUCAACUUCUGAUCUGUUCAUGGUCGAUUUUGAUCAAGGACACUCUGGCCAGGACUGUAUCUGCAAGUUUUGGAUUGCUUUGCUGAAGGAAAGCUAGAAGGAAUCUCCUUCUGGAGUUCGUAAAGUUUUCCUGUGGAAAUGCAAACCAAGAAAAGAAUUGCUGGAAGGACUACUUCAAGAGAACUCAUCAGUUCCAGGAUUUCAAGAACUCAGAAGAAAGCUCCUGAUAAUGUACAAGCUAACCAAAAGAAAGUCACUGAGAUAAUUACAUCUUCAGCUAGAAAGCAGAAAUGUGCAGGUAGUCUUCAAAAGAAAAAUGAGGAGCCUGUUGCUGCUACAAAAUUGAAUACUACAUACAGCUCAGGGCAUAAUGAGACAUCUAAUGCUGCGUCUUUGUGUGAUCAUGAGGGUUGUAAUGAGGAACCUUGUAUAUUCUCUCCUGCUUUUCGCGUAUCUAAAAUUGCUGGAGGGGAAAUUGCCAAUGGAGUCAAUUUCAUUACAUUGUUUCGAAGUGGGGACCAGAAAUUACACCAGGAGGGUAGAACAUGCUACUCAGAAGUUGAUAUGCAGGAUUGCCAUGUUACUCAAAACAAUUUAGAAUCUACUUCAGGAGACGAUGAAAAGGAGACAUGCCCUAAUUACAUAGGAGAUGAUCCAAACACAUCAUCCACAAUGUUUUCUGUAGAUACAAAUACUGUGAAUUCUCCUUCUAAUGUAGAUUCAGAAGGAGCUGGCCUUUCGUCUGAAGUGUCAGCUAUAUAUCUUGCUAUGAAGAACUCAAAAUUGGAAUGUGUUGAUGAGUAUGAUCAAGAUUGCAUGUCAACUAAGGAGGAUGAUGAUUAUGAGGAAUAUGAUGAUUUUGAUCCAUACUUAUUCAUAAAGAACUUGCCUGAGUUGUCAUCAGUUGUUCCCACAUUUCGGCCAAUGCUGCUACCUAAACAAACACGAAGUUGCCCUCCUAUUACUCUUGUUUUGGACUUGGAUGAGACUUUGGUGCACUCCACACUAGAACUUUGUGAUGAUGCAGACUUCACAUUUCCUGUGAACUUUAACCUUCAGGAGCAUACAGUCUAUGUUCGAUGUCGUCCUUACCUCAAAGAUUUUAUGGAGAAAGUUUCCACACUUUUUGAGAUCAUUAUAUUUACAGCUAGUCAAAGUAUUUAUGCAGAGCAGCUUCUAAAUGUGCUUGAUCCAAAGAGGAAGAUAUUCCGCCAUCGUGUUUACCGUGAAUCUUGUGUUUUUGUGGAGGGGAAUUACCUCAAGGAUUUGUCAGUUCUUGGCCGCGAUUUGGCACAUGUUGUUAUAAUUGACAAUUCUCCUCAGGCAUUUGGGUUCCAAGUGGACAAUGGUAUACCAAUUCAGAGCUGGUUUGAUGAUCGUUCAGAUAAAGAAUUGCUUUUACUGAUUCCAUUUUUGGAGAGCUUAGUCGGGGUUGAAGAUGUGAGGCCACUGAUUGUUAAGAAAUACAAUCUUCGAGGCAAAAUUGCUGCGGCUGCUUAUCCUUCUUUAAAUUCAAAUAGAGGAGAUCCCUUGGAAAGGUGAGCCUCAAUGUGAAUUGGAAGUUUGAAUCUGGACUUGUUUCUCUCCUGUACUAUUAUACAAUUUAAUUUGAGGGAACCCCUCUAUCUUUGCAGAGGAUGUCCUUAGAAUACUUUUAAGAUUCAAACUGGAAAUGUGAUUCUAACUAGUAACUACAUAGAGGGAAGAAUGUGUCUUCGGUUGUAGAGUGCUUAACAGUCGAAACCUUUGCUACAAUGAAGAGGACAUGUGAAAGUGCGUUAUAGGUAAUGCAAUGAGGUUAGCUUGGAAUAAAAAACUUCUUAGUGGUUGAAUAUACGUGUACUCAUGUACUGUUAUGAGUUUGAAGGUGAUGAAAUUUGUUCCUUA